AUGAGCGAUGAAAAAUAAAAAGCAUUUAAUUAGAAAUACCCAGAUCUUGUUUAUAUUUUCAAAGGUUUAUUGGAUGAAGGAAUAUUUAAAUCAUUCGACUAGUUUAUUGAAGCAUCCAAGAUUAUCUUUGAAAAAUAUAAUAAUCAAAAUAAUAAGAAUUAAAGAUUGACUAUUGUGGACAUAGGCUUUACGAAGUAGUAACUUCAAGAGAUAAAUGAGAAUUGA